UGCUCUGUGUUCUCUAAUUUACUCUGCAAUCUGUAUCACUUGAUUAAAUUUUGUCGAUUAUUAUAGAAUUUUCGUAUAUAAAUUAAUGACUAGGCACUAGCCAUUUUUAAAGAUAUUGCUCUUUUUUUAUUAAUUUAGAAAGCAGUUAAACGUUUAAUGUUUUAAUGAAAUAAAAUAUUUAUUGCAGAAUUCUUUUUGAAUUCUUAUUUCUAUGACAUUUGGUUACCGUCCUCAUUUCUCGUGCAAAUGGAUGAUACCGUGAUUUCCCCAGGUAAUAAGAUGGCAGAUUCUGCUUCUGAAAGCGAUUCUAGUUCACUUGAUGGCGGAGCUAUGUUACCUCCCAGCACCGUUUCUCGUGAUCAAUUACAAAAAAGAAUUGAAUCUCUACAACAACAAAACAGAGUUCUAAAAGUUGAGUUGGAUACAUACAAAUUGCGGGUUAAAUCAUUGCAAGAGGAAAAUCGUGCUUUGAGGCAGGCUUCUGUAUCUAUUCAAGCAAAAGCUGAACAAGAAGAGGAGUAUAUUUCAAACACAUUACUAAAAAAAAUUCAAGCUUUAAAGAAAGAAAAAGAAACCUUAGCUCAUCAUUAUGAACGAGAAGAGGAAUGUCUCACAAAUGAUCUGUCCAGAAAAUUAAAUCAAUUACGUCAAGAGAAGUGCCGUUUGGAACAAACUCUAGAGCAAGAACAGGAAUGCCUAGUUAACAAGUUAAUGAGGAAAAUUGAGAAACUUGAGGCUGAGACCCUUGCAAAACAAACCAAUUUGGAAAGGCUUAGGAGAGAAAAGGUUGAACUCGAAAAUACAUUGGAGCAAGAACAGGAAGCCUUGGUAAACAAGCUAUGGAAGCGUAUGGACAAGCUGGAGGCUGAAAAACGCUCACUACAGAUAAGACUGGAUCAACCUGUGUCUGAUCCUGCCAGUCCUAGGGACAUUAGUAAUGGCGAUACGGCAUCCAAUUUAAGCAGUCAUAUUCAAACGUUGCGCUCGGAAGUUGUGAAAUUAAGGAACCAAUUAGCAGUUUCGCAAAAUGAGAAUAAGGAGAAAAUGCAUCGUUUGGCCUUAGAAGAGAAACAUAUCAGAGAAGAAAAUAUUCGCUUACAACGAAAAUUACAACAGGAGGUGGAGCGUCGUGAGGCGCUUUGUCGUCAUCUGUCCGAAAGUGAAUCAUCUCUCGAAAUGGAAGAAGAAAGGCAAUUUAAUGAAGCUUUAAGUGCCCGUUCGCGCAGCGUAUCUUCACCGGGUGGCUCACGGCCACUUUCCCCGUAUGCGACGCCGUUGCUUCCCAAUGCGGCUGGUUUGCCAUUAUCGCGCCCCUCCUUGCAUCUCAAUUCACAGACGAGACGGCCGAGCGAUCGGUUUGUAAAACCAGCAGUGCCCGCGGCAGGCGUAGCGGGCGUCACUGGCGUGACGGGUGUGGCGGGUGUAGCGGGGGUAGUGGGUGUGGUAGGUGUGGCGGGCGUGACGGGCAUGACUGGCAGCAUGGCGCAUGUGCAGGCACGAGCGCUGCCACCCGAGCAGCCAGCGGCAUCUCUGCGACUAGCCUCCACUGCUCCUGCCAUCUUGCAGCCGGCCAGCCCCAUGGAUACUUCCUCCAAGGACUAAAGCCUAAUUCACACUGCCUUAGUAAUUAUGUCGAGUGAAAAAUAAUUUAGUUGCUAAACAUACCCGAAAAAUAUAAGUUCAGUAUUUUUUAUUAUAUUGUUUGUCACUCGACUAAAUAACUAAAGCAGUUUGAUAGGCUUAUCUCCUAUCCGAUCUGUUUGGACGACCCGACGAAUGAGCACUGAUACUCGUAUUUCGACCGAUCAGACCUUUAAGACAAAUAGAUAAAUGACAAACGAUUUAUUUGUGCAGAUGCAGUGAAAUAUUCACCUCAUGUAUGAGAUAGAAUGAGGCAGCAACAUUUACCGUAUUAUUUGAUGAGCGUGCGAUUACAUAGACUUUAGCAGUCCACAAAUAAAUUCAGUACUACUUUUUGUAGAAGAUUAACGUAAAAUAUUAACAUCAAACGAGUCGCACGAUUAGGCGUGGUCGCGUAUAGUUCAGACUCCGAUCGGAUCGAAUUGUUGAUUAUGUAAAUCUUUCUUGCAUUUUGAAUGUACCAAUGCAGAUUGAUUGAUUAUUGGAUUAAAUGAUUAUAUACGAAAAUACGCGAGAAAAGAGUGAUACUCUGUUAUAUAUAUCCAAUAAUAUCUGAUCGUUAAAAGGUAUUAUGGGACAGACACAAAUAUGGAAGACAAUAUAUGGAAGUGGUUUUAGGCAGCAAAUGAUGAUGUUUGAUGAGUUGAUUCUCUAAUAUUAUAUGUAAUUAUUGAUAAUUAAUAUAUCUGAGCAGCGUUUAAACGAUUUAGAAAUACUAAUGAUACAGUAAUUGUGCUCUUACGUCGAUGUGUCCAGUAACAGGGAUGCAAUUCCUUACCGUCUUGUCUGAUAUAGAUACAAAAUGAUACAAUUACCAAGACCUAUUACUUAAUAGAAGUAAGUUAAGAAUUAAAGACAAAAAGUAAUAUAAAGUGGAUGAGACUGGUAUAAUAAUAAAAUAUGUAGAUGCUUGAUUUUGCUUCAAUUAUCUUGAUAAUUUUUUAUUUGUUAGGCCGAAUUUUAGAAAUGUAUGAUAUUAAAAAUGGGGCGAAAUAAAAGAUGUGAUUUUGACAAUUCGGAUAAGAGAAUUGCUUACCUGAGCAGCGAGAGUGAAACUGGGAUAGUAUUCUUUCUCUGUUGUUUUAUUCCAUUUGAUUUUAAGUCAUAUGGAAGGAGAUAAGUGGAUGGUUAGCUAUCAUCUUGAUUGUUAUAAAGUGCACAUUGCUCACUGCUCACUUGACUUGGCACACUUUACUUCCCUCGUGUUCUAUAUGCAUGGAAGGGUAACAGCCUCGUUAAUUUACUGAUAAAAUUGGUAGCGGAUACGAGGCUGUAUAAAAUUGUGGUUUUAAUAUGCCUGUUCAAUAGGUUACGACGGCAUCGAAGCGAGUUACUUGUUCCGAUAUUAUAUUGCUCGAUUAUAGGAUAGUCAUAGCUAGUUCCGAUUAUAAAUCAUAUUUGAUAUGUAACCGAGCUUUGAAAAUUUGUGGCAGUGGGUUAUCACUAUAGGCUGUGUAAAAUCACCAGAAGGUGAUUUAGUAUCGGAAAAAAAAAAUUGUAAUCUAUUCGAUAUAAUUGUAUCACACGUUGGGUCUAACACACCACUUCUAUGUGUAGCAUAGCUAUGUAUGAUACCGUUAGAAUGUUGAGUUGCGCCUUUGGAGCUUAUUGUUAUGUUCUGUAAACGCUAUAUAUAUAAGUAGUGUGUAAUGACACCAUCGGGCUCCAUUCAAUUAUGCAAAUUUUCACUUAAACAUUUUUUUUUCAAUGUUAUGAUAAAACAAAAAUAUAUGCAUUAAUAUUAUUGACUUAUUUCAA